AUGGAAGGGGCCAAGAGCGACGGCGACGACCUGAUGGACGACGACUACGUGGAGCGCAUCCUGAUGGAGGCCAACGCCCGCCCCGGCGAGGAGGUCAGCGACGACGGCGACCACAGCUUCCCCCCGGUGGCGCCACCGCUGGAGGCCGCCAAGUCAGCAGCGGCGGAGCCCCCGGGCACCGGCGGCGGCGGGGUGGCGGAGCCGUUCUUGGGGAUGGAGUUCGAGUCCGACGAGGCGGCGAAGAACUUGUACAACGAGUACGCCCGCCGGUUAGGGUUCCCCUUCCGGGUGGGACGGUCGCGGCGGUCCAAGGGCGUGCAGGAGGUGUUGAUCAUGAAGCGGUUCGUCUGCUCCAAGGAGGGCGUCUACCGGAAGAAGGCCUCCGGCGAGGGGGUGCGGAAGCGGGAGCGCAUCUCCAUGCGCGAGGGUUGCAAGGCCUUCAUGGAGGUGAUCCGCGACAAGGACCGGUGGGUCGUCUCCAAGCUCGAGACGGCCCACACCCACGUCCUCGGCACCUGCAGCCGCGCGGGGUAUCUCCGUGCCAGGGGCUUCAUCGACGCGGCGGAGAGGGCCACCAUCGUCGCCUCCGACGCCACCACGCUGCUCCGGCAGACCGCCUUCGGGGAGGGCGGCGACGCGCAGGGCCUGCUGGACUACUUCCGGCGGCGGCAGGCGGAGAACCCAGGCUUCUUCUACGCGCUGCAGGUGGACAACCGGAGCUGCGUGACGAACGCGUUCUGGGCCGACGCGAGGGCGAGGACGGCGUACGCCUGCUUCGGGGACGCCGUAACCUUUGACACGACAUACAAGAAGAACAAGUACAUGCUGCCCUUCGUGGCCUUCUCCGGCGUGAACCAUCACCUGCAGCCGGUGAUCUUUGGCUGCGCGCUGCUCAUCGACGAGACGGAGUUCUCCUUCGCGUGGCUGUUCGAGACCUGGCUGGAGGCCAUGGGGGGCCGCCAGCCGGCGUCCCUGACCAGCGACCAGAACCGCGCCAUGGCGGCGGCGGUGGCACGGGUGUUCCCCGGCACGCGCCACCGGUUCUGCAAGUGGCUCAUCCUCAGCCGCACCAAGCAGAAGCUCGCUGGCGCCUACGCCUCCCACCCGACGCUACGGGAGGAGCUGGAGAGCUGCGUGAUCCACUCGGAGACGGUGCGGUCCUUCGAGAGCUCCUGGGUGGCCAUCGUCGACCGGUACGACCUGAGGAAGAACACCUGGUUGCAAGCGCUGUUCAACAUCCGGCAGCGGUGGGUGCCGCUCUACCUGCGGGACGCCUUCUUCGCGGAGGUCUCUCCGGCGCAGAAGCUGGAGACGGUGAACGACGUCUACAAGCGCUACUUCAACACCAAGACCUCCCUUAAGGUCUUCCUGACGCAGUUCGAGCUCGCCAUGGCGGCCCGGCACGAGAAGGAGGCGGCGGCUGACUGCGAGACGCUGCUCCGGCGGCCGGCGCUGAAGACGGCGUCCCCCAUUGAGAAGCAGGCGGCGGAGGUGUACACGGGAGAGCUGUUCGAGAGGUUCCAGGACGAGUUCGUUGAGUGCCUCGCCUACAACGCCUACAAGAUCAAGGACGGCGCUGUCUCCAAGUACAGCGUGGCCCGGGACGAGGACUCCCUCGACAACUUCGUCGUCUCCCUCGACGCCGGCAAGCGGGCCGCCACCUGCAGCUGCGGCAAGUUCGAGUUCGCCGGAAUCCUCUGCCGCCACGUCCUCGGGGUCCUCCUCAUGGUCGACCUCCGGGUGCUGCCCGACGACUGCUUCCUCCCCCGCUGGACCAGGAACGCCAAGGCCCGGACAUCCUCCCUGGGCAGCGGCGCCGGCGCCACCGCAACUGCCACCGCCGCCGCGGCGCAGGGAACUAUGGCUUCGAGGUACAACGACCUCUGCCAGGACGCCAUCAGGCUGGCGGAAAAGGGAGCCUCAUCGGCGGAGGUCUACAAGGUGGCCAAGGCCGCCAUGGACAAGGCCUUCUCGGAGAUCCUUGCCGCCGAGAGCAUCCUCACCCGCGGCGCCGCCCAGCGAGACGCCAUCAACAUCAACGAGGAGAUCACCAUAGACGACGCCUCCGCCGCCGCGGCCGCGGUUGCCGCCACCGAGCCCUCGCUUCAGCAGGACCCCCAGAGGAAGGUACGCCAUAGCCAGCGGCGGGCUCCUCCAUUGCACGGCCCUGGUUUCCCCUCUCCCCUCUGUCUGGGGCUUCUAGCGGGCUCUGAUGAAUUCUUACUUCCUUCUUCAGGUGACUAA